GAACAUAUGAUUUACAUAUUUAUGUUUACAUUUUUAAGUUGAGCAGAUGUCGCUGUAGUAGUUAUGAAUGUUUCGCUUGUUUAGUAGUGAUGACAUUGCUACAAACUAUUAUUGCAGUCAGUGUGUCGUGAUCAAAUUUUGAGGUUAAGAUACAUUCGUUCGUAAUUAAAAAAGUAACAAAAAUAUAUAUUUCGAUUAUAUUUAGUACGAAUUAAAUAUGUCUAUCGUAUCGUCGCCAUUAUUGGAGGAUUAUUUAAAAAGUUUGGAUGAAACAACGACACAACAUGAAUAUUUUCUCGCAUUGUUUGUCGUACUUUCUUCGGAAUGUGGUUUUAACGUACUAGAAGAAACAUCUACCGGAAACAACAAACAACUACAAUUUACACCACCAAGCCAAUGGAAAAUUAUGGAAGAUACAUAUGAGAUCAAACUGUUUUUGAAAAAUUUACCUAAUGUGAUAUGCAAAUUAUUAGCUAUAAUAUCGGGAGAUAGAUUAAUACUGAAUUUCUUUUCAACUGUAAACGAAAAGAAUAUAUAUAGUGCUGCCGUAAGGAUUUCCAAAUACAUGAAUCCUUUUGCAGGCUACGUUGGUGAUCGUUUUAUGAACCUUAAGGAAAUAUCUGAUAGGUUCAAAAAUGAAUUAAUUAUAAGAGUACGAUCAGACAUUUUAACAGAAGCUGGUAUUACCAAUCCUAGUCUUCAAGGUUUACCCAUAGAAUUGUUAUUAAAGAUUCUGCAAAUGUUAGAUGUUCAUUCAUUGACAAAACUUUCCCAGUGUUCCCAUAAAUUUAACAUGUUGUGUAAAGAAAAAUGGUUAUGGCAAAGAUUGUACGAAAAUGAUUUUGGAAAGGAAAAAAAAAAUAUACCUGAAACUUGGUUUAUGUUUUAUCGUAGAAAAUAUAUACAAUCCAAAACGAGUGCUGCCAACAUCAGAAAUUUACCUUAUUAUGAUUUAUCUUCAAUUUUAUUUAGAUGAUAUAAAGUGCCCAGUAUAGAAUAAUUUUGGGACAAUGUGUGAAAUCAAAUAUCUCUCCAUUUAUUAGAGUUGCUUCCAUGAACGGUUUAUAUAUAUAUAUCUAUAUAUAUAACAUUAGGAAAAUAUAAUAUGGUAACAGCAUAAAUAAAAUCACACGCAAUAAUGCAAUUUCAAAAAUAAGAUUGGCCAUUCAUCAGAUUCUGAAGAAUCUGUGUUUUUGAAUGUCAUAGUGCAUCGUAAUAACAUAUGGACCGUGGAAUCAAACGUAUUCAAGUAAAUCUCAUACAAAUGGAAGGAUAACUGUACAUAUACUAUACUUAUUGUAUAAUGUAAACAAUAUAUUAUAAAGAUUUUCUUAUUUACAAUGAAUAAAUGAUAAUAAUAAUAUUAAUAAAAA